CCAAUUCUGUGUCAGAGCUGUGGAGGUAUUCUGUGCGUGUCUGUGCAAUUCUGUGUCAGAGAGCUGCGGAGGUAUUCUGUGCGUGUCUGUGCAAUUCUAUGUCAGAGCUGUGGAGGUAUUCUGUGCAUGUAUAUUCCUGUUAUUCUGUCAACCUGGUGUGAUUGCAUUCCAACCACAACUCGCUACCCAUACCUGAACCCACACCUAUUAGCACAGCCGGGACAGCGCAGCUGGAAUAAUGCACACAGUGUGCUGGUACACCAUCGCCUCUUGGUGCCCUUUCACAGUUUCCAGUCCUCUCUCGUCCAGACGGAGCUGUGCCGAGUUGUCGUGCUGCAGUAGGCUUGACGGUGGAGGUGUCUGGUGAGGUUGGCUGUCCCUGAGGUGGCCUCUGUGGGUGUGGACACAAGCACAGUAUGGUCCAGCACUGCCCUGCCUGCCUCCUGCUCCGCCCCACCGACUCUCCGCUCAGCUCUGUCGCCAUGGCGCACACGACUCCACAGCCACCAGCCACCAGGAAACAGGGCCGCCUGCAGGAACGGAGGGGCUCCAAUGUGUCCCUGAUGCUGGAUGUGAGCUCCCUGGGAAACGUGGAGCCCAUCUGCUCCAUCUCCACGCCGCGUGAGAUCACCCUGCACGUCCUGCGCAACAGAAGCCACCUGCUGUCAGGGGAGGAGCUGCAGGAUGCUGCCCGGGACCCGCAGGAGCUGGCUGCAGAGUUCUCGAAAAUCCCAUCCAAUUUUGUGGACCAGGCUGAACUGGAUAUCCCUGGCCACGCCUUAAAGGACCGAUACAAAACCAUCUUACCCAACCCCCAGACCCGAGUGUGUCUCCGGAAGAAGGGGCAUGAUGGUGAUUCCUACAUCAACGCUAACUAUAUCCAGGAGUACAAAGGUACUGAGAAGAGGUUCAUUGCCACCCAGGGACCCAUGGUCAACACAGUCUCUGAUUUCUGGGAGAUGGUGUGGCAGGAGGAUUCCCCGAUUAUCAUCAUGAUAACCAAACUGCAGGAGAAGAAAGAGAAGUGUGUCCUCUACUGGCCAGAAGAGGAAGGGCAGUAUGGCAGGUUCAGAGUUUCUGUGGACAGAGUCAAUGACUGUGAUGGGUAUACUAUCCGAGAGCUCACUGUUAAGCUUGAAGAGGAAAUCCGCCAUGUGAAACAUUACUGGUACUCAUCCUGGCCGGACCACCAGACCCCCGCCUGCGCCACACCCCUGCUGCAGCUGGUCCAGGAGGUGGAGGAGAGCCGGAAGGGGAUGCAGAGUCAAGGACCGGUCAUCGUGCACUGCAGCGCUGGGAUCGGGCGGACAGGUUGCUUCAUCGCCACUAGUAUGGGCUGCCAGCAGCUGAAGAGCAGCGGUGAGGUGGACGUGCUGGGGAUCGUGUGCCAGCUGCGCAUCGACAGGGGUGGUAUGAUCCAGACCUCUGAGCAGUACCAGUUCCUCUACCUGGCGCUGGCCCAGUACAGCAGACAGCUUCGACAGGCCCUCCCAAAGCCUGAACAGUGAGGACCCUCCCCCUCAAUCAACAGCACAUGAAUGUUUUACAGAAUUUAUAGAAUCUCUAUUUUUCCACUGAAGAAGAUUUGAUCUCUUUUAAUACAGUAAAUACGUGCGCCUGCCUCUGGCCUUACAAACCUGUUCUUCAGGAUACUAUAAAUUAGGUUUGGUGUAUAUAAUGUGAAAUUCCACAGGAGAUUUGCACAUGUUUCCUGGUUUAUUUUCUACAGGAAUCUUAAAGGAUUCACAGCCUUCUAUGUAAGCCAGCGUGACGGGAAAGCACAGUGAUGCUGCCAGAGAGCCACAAAAAAGACCUGUGACGAAAAAACUUUGUAGAGAUUGGCAGAAAGAAAUGGGUUAAAUUGCUAUGGCAACUAUUAAAAACUCAAUAGUUCUGAAUUCAGAAACAUCUUAAACUCAAUGACCAAUGUUUUGAGAAGUCUUUCUCAGUGUCUUCAAAUGAAAAGGUUUCUUCAUCGAAAUGUUUGUCAUUGAAGGUAUUACGUUUAUUUUUGUAUUUUUAAAGUUAACAGAAAAAAAGUCCUUUAUUAUUAUUAUUUUAUAUAAGUGCAAUUGUUUAUGCCUCUUGUUCAUGUCAAAUAUAUUAAGACAGGCUUGAUUGGUGGUACACUGCCACCUUUCAACAAUAAGCGGUAUUACAUCAUUGAGAAAUUGAAAACAGAAUUCUGGUCCUCCUGUUCCACUGCUAUCUUGAGGUCCUGUACUUAAGCAUAGUGUGAUCUGGGUUUGAGUUGAGCUCUUCUCUCAGUCCGGAUUAAUACUUCAGCUUUUCUACAUAUUUUUCUUCCUGUUUUAUCACUUUCUACGGGAAUUGUUAAAAGCAGGCAGUCGCUAAAAUUUGAAACAGCGCUGUCAGCAACCGAUAACAGAGUCAACAGUGCGCACAUGGGUGUGUCCUGAUGAGUAAGCUGUUGUUUUUAUAAUCAUGCCUUUUGCUACGCUAGAUUUCUCUUUGGUCUUUUAGGUAUGCUUUCGAGAAUUCAAGCAGAUGUUUUCUGAGGUAUUCUCGCUUUCUAAGUGUCAUUGCAGAACAUUGAGAUUAAAUUGACUUUGUAAAGCUGGGGAAGCACAGACUCUCCUAAUUAAUAAAAGAAUGUUCUGACCAUGAGGUCCCUUAAGGCUUUCCCUGGAACAUAUCCUGCAUCUAGCUGGGGUUGAAUAAAGAACCACUGUGUACUGUUGGAGCACAGCGAUAUGUAGAACUAUUAGAUGUUCCAGCAUCCUUAUUCUAGAACCCCUGGGGUAGAGGAAAGUUAAACCCAUUGACAAUACAGAACCCAAUCAGGGUUCUUUAUCAAACCUGAAAAACACGAUGGGGUCCAGAGUGGAAGCCCAAAAGAACCAUAGAGCUUUCAAGGAGAGAGAUAAGCAUCUGAGAGCCUCGCCCAGCUCACCACGCACACACAAGCCCAUAAGAGACACACCUGGCCAGCGGCAUUCUUCUCUAGCGGUCUUCAUUUAGAAAGGCUUCACAUUGCUUUGUCCACUGAGGUCCUGGCAGCUGUGCCGGUGAGGGAUUAAUAAAACCAUGCGUGUGAUGUUUUGUAGUUAUCUAAUAAAAGAGCUUUUUAUUUAA